AUGGAGGCUUCAAUCAACAACGCUACCCAGAUCCUAAGUCGCGAAAAGAAAAAGUCGCAUUACGAACCACGAUUGGUGCUACAAAUUAUCGCCAUUGGCUUUGGAAGCACUGCUUUUGGAUAUGCCAGUGCCGUCAUUGCUCCCACACUAUCACAACCUUCUUUUCUCGAGUACAUGGAUCUGGGGUUGACCAAUCCUAAUCGCGCACAUAUCUUAGGUGCCACGAACUCGUUGUAUUUUGCUGGUGGUUUCAUUGGCAGCUUCGUGAAUUCCUGGGUUUCGAAUCGCUACGGCAGGAAGGCCUCAAUUGCAUCCGCAUGCUUGCUGAUGAUUGUCGCUGGUGCGCUGGUUGCAGGAUCCGUACACAUUGGGAUGUUUAUCGCCUUCCGCUUCUUCACUGGCUGGAGUGCGGUGUCCCUUCUGGCCGCCGUUCCCAUGUGGAUUACUGAAGUUUCUCCGCCACAUGGCCGCGGCAUACUCGCCGAAUUGCACGCCUGGAUGGCAAUUCUUGGAUAUGUUCUUGCCAACUACGUCGGAGUCGGCUUCUAUUACUAUCACGCGCCUGGUGGGAAUCAGUGGCGUGGCCCGUUGGCAUUUGUAUGCUUGUUCCCGCUGAUCACUCUAUGCUUCACCCCUUGGGCGCCAGAGAGUCCACGCUGGCUUUUGAUGCAAGGACGAGACUCCGAGGCUUUUGCCAUUAUACAGAAACUUCACCGCUCAAAACAUGACCUAGACGAAACAUUCUUACGGGCCGAGUUCGCGGAGAUGGUAACACAGGUCACGGUUGAUCGGUCUCUGGACUCGUCCUGGCGAAUUCUAUGGACUCGUCCGUCAUAUCGCAAACGUGCAUUGAUUGCCUGCUCAUUGUUGUCUGCACUGUAUAGCUCUGGUAUCAUGGUGGUUGCAAACUAUGGUCCCACCAUUUACUCCGGGUUGGGAUUCAGUACGAGCCAGUCACUACAGCUCCAGGCUGGCCAACUUGUGACUGGCCUACUCGCCCUAACAAUCUCCAUGACGUUUGUUGACCGACUUCCUCGAAAUAUCAUGCUUGGCGGAGGAUUGUACCUCUGCGCAAUCCCGCUCAGCAUUGAGGCCGCUUUAGUGGCCAGAUUCGUGGGUACUGACAACAAAGCCGCUCUAAGCGCAGGCGUGGCUUUUAUAUUCAUAUUCGGCUUUAUAUACAACAUGUGGCUGGACGGCCCUGGCUACUUCUAUGCUAGCGAGAUCUUCCCCACACAUCUAAGAGCGAAGGGAGCUACACUCUGUGUCAUGUGUUACAGUCUGAUCAAUAUCCUCUGGACUCAGGUUGCUCCAACAGCUUUCGCCAACAUCGGCUGGAAAUUUUAUCUCGUCUUCGUUGUCUGUUCUGUAGUUUUCGGUACGACCAUAUUAUUCAUAUAUCCAGACACACUCAACAAACCUCUUGAGGAAGUCGCUGCUAUGUUUGGAGACGAGGACCUUAUGGCGGUCUAUUCUGAGGCGUCAACUCACGAUCACGAAACCAAAGACGGUGUCGUUACCGGGGAAGAGACAGUGGCCAGCAGUCGGCCUGGUCUGGAGAUGUCGACAUCAUCCUCAUAUAACGUGAUGGCAAUGCAGGUUCUGGGUGCUAAGGGGCGAAAGCUUGAUGAUGUGCCAGCAACGACGGACGCGAACAUUAUUUUCAAACGGACGCUCGUGCGGCCUGUGGCUUUCGAACGCUGGAUCGAGGUAUGCUCACUGGGCUCGAAUAACAUUCUCAACCUGGUGCCCGCCGGCGACACGCUGCGGACGUGGAUUAUGCACGAAUAUGGGCAGAAUAAUGAAGACAUCAGGGGUCAUUUACAUUCUUGUGCACGGAGCAAGAUACACCUCUCCUUUGACAUGUGGACCUCGGAAGGUAAGACCAUGUCACUCAUGGCUGUGGUUGCCCACUAUCUCGACAAAGAUUUCAACGAUCGAACCAUGCUGAUUGCCCUACGCCGUCUUUUUGGCCCGCACUCUGGAGCGAACGUGGCAGAAACUCUCCUCGAUGUGAUCGAUGAGUUCCACGUUCGAGAUCGCUUAGGCUGCUUCAUGACAGAUAACGCCGAAUCCAACGAUACUUGCCUGAAAUGCGUGAUGCGAAAGGUCUACCCUACCUCCCCUGAUGAUGCGAUCAGCGAACGCCGGUUACGAUGCUGGGCCAACGUCUUGAAUCAUGUGGCUCGAUUGUUUUUGUUUGGCUGCGACGCCGAUGCUUUCAGGCUAGAGGACGCAACUAACGUGGCCUUAGAUCGGGAGAACGAAUGCCUGAGUGCCUGGCGAAAGAGGGUCCCGGUCGGGAAACUCCAGAAUAUCACGACAUUCAUGAUUUAUCAGGGCCUCACCACAGCGCAGGGAGCUGUCCAAGAGUAUCUCUCUUGCCGCCAUCGAAGACGUUAA